AGAUAAUCAGAAAGCAACACACUUGGUGGCCCAUUGCAUGUCAACUCAAUAGUCCUUUCUUCCUUCUUCUUCCUCUCCCUUCAAACUUGCCCUAUUUAGAAUCAAAACACACACACACACACUCAAUAAACAAACAUCAAUGGACCGCGGCAAGGAUUUGGCAUCGGAGCCCUCCUCCGCCCCGAGCCGCUACGAGUCUCAGAAGCGGCGCGACUGGAACACCUUCGGGCAGUUCCUCCGCAGCCAGCAGCCGCCGGCGGAGCUCCACCGCUGCACCAGCGCCCACGUGCUCGAAUUCAUGCGGUAUUUGGAUCAGUUCGGGAAGACGAAAGUCCAUUUGCAAGGCUGCGUCUUCUACGGGCAGCCCGAGCCCCCCGCGCCAUGCACCUGCCCCCUCAGGCAGGCGUGGGGCAGCCUCGACGCCCUCGUCGGCCGCCUCCGCGCCGCCUACGAGGAGCAUGGCGGCCCCCCAGAGAGGAACCCCUUCGCCAGCGGCGAAAUUAGGGUUUAUCUCAGGGAGGUGAAGGGGUUUCAGGCAAAGGCCAGAGGGGUUUCUUUCAAGAAGAAGAAGAAGUCUGGUGCUGGGAAAAGUGAUGAUCAAUCUACUUCCUCAUCGUAAGGAAACUUGUUUCGUAUCGAUUGUGUAAGACAACUGAUGUGAGGUUUAUAAAUUAAAUUGAACCGUCUCUUAUUAUAAUAAGCUAAUUUUUUGGGAGGGGAUA